GUCCACUAGGCGUCAGCACCGAGCGGCUCCAAGAACCGGAAGCAGCUCUCUCGCGGUUUGUAGUCUCCUUGUGGAGGGAGGCAGGAUGAGAAUCGUAAAGUGAAAUAAAUUACAAAUAAUAAUAAUAAUAAUAAUCCAAAUACUUUAAAUAAACAAACACAUGGAUUUAACCGCAGUGCAGGGGAUGCGAGCGGAAUAAAUAUAAAACAUGAAGCGAGAUGUCAGGAUACUUUUGCUGGGGGAACCCAAGGUUGGGAAGACAUCCCUGAUCAUGUCCCUGGUAGGGGAGGAGUUCCCCGAAGAGGUUCCUUCCCGUGCAGAAGAAAUCACCAUUCCAGCAGACGUGACGCCGGAGAAAGUCCCCACACACAUCGUCGAUUAUUCAGAGGCAGAACAGUCGGAUGAGAUCCUGCAUGAGGAGAUCGUUAAGGCCAGUGUGAUUUGUGUGGUGUACGAUGUAACCAAGGAGGAUACCAUUGAAAAGAUCAGAACGAAAUGGAUCCCUUUAGUAAACGGAGGAGCUGAAAAGGGAAAGAAAGUUCCAGUCAUCCUGGUUGGGAAUAAGUCUGAUUUGCAGUCGGGAAGCUCCAUGGAGUCCAUCCUUCCCAUUAUGAACCAGUUCUCGGAGAUCGAGACCUGUGUGGAGUGCUCUGCGAAGAACCUGAAGAACAUCUCUGAGCUUUUCUACUACGCUCAGAAAGCUGUGCUCCACCCCACCGCACCCCUGUAUGACCCUGAGGUGAAAGAGCUGAGGCCUCUGUGUGUUCGAGCCCUGAGCCGGAUCUUCACCAUCUCGGACCAGGACAGCGACGGGAUCCUCAGCGACGAAGAGCUCAACUUCUUCCAGAAAUCGUGCUUCGGCAGCCCGCUGGCCCCUCAGGCUCUGGAGGAUGUGAAGAGUGUGGUGUGGAAGAACACCAGCGAGGGCGUGCAGGACAACGGGCUCACACUGACCGGGUUCCUGUUCCUGAACACGCUGUUCAUCCAGAGGGGCCGGCACGAGACCACCUGGACUAUCCUGAGGAAGUUCGGCUGCGACGACUCGCUGGAGCUCACGGACGACUACCUGUACCCUCCACUGCGAGUCCCCCAAGGCUGCACCACGGAGCUGAAUCACUUCGGCUACCAGUUCAUCCAGAAGCUGUUUGAGAAGUAUGACGUGGAUAAGGACAUGGCUCUGUCUCCGUCUGAGCUGAAGAAUCUGUUCAGCGUGUUUCCUUACAUGCCCUGGGGCGCGGACGUCUAUUCCACGGUGUGCAGUAACGAGAAGGGGUACAUCACCCAGCACGGCUAUCUCUGCCAGUGGACGUUGACGGCGUACCUGGAUGUACAUCGAUGUAUGGAGUACCUGGGAUACUUUGGGUACCCAGUUCUCACAGAGCAGGAGUCCCAGACUGAAGCGAUAACAGUCACUCGGGAUAAGAAGGUGGACCAGGAGAAAGGACAGACCCAGAGGAACGUGUUCCUUUGCAAGGUCAUCGGACCCAGAGGCACGGGGAAAUCGGCGUUCCUGCGGGCCUUCCUAGGCACGAACCUGACGAAACAGCAGAGCGCUGCAGGAUUGUCUUCCAACUACACUAUCAAUACCGUGCAAGUCAACAGCCAGGACAAGUAUUUAAUUCUGUAUGAAGUGGACGUUGACACAGAGUUUCUGAAAGCCUCGGACGCAGCCUGUGACGUGGCCUGCCUGAUGUACGAUGUCAGUGACCCCAAGUCCUUUAACUACUGUGCCAGCAUCUUCAAGCAACACUACAUGGACAGCAGGAUCCCUUGCGUGCUCGUGGCCUCCAAGGCGGAUUUGCCGGAGCAGAAGCAGCAGCACGGUCUGUCUCCCUCGGAGUUCUGUUACAAACAUCGGCUCCUUCCUCCCAUCCCCUUCUCCUGCUUCGGACAGGACUCUCCCAGCACACUCCUCUACUCCAAGCUGGCUCUGGCUGCGAUGUUUCCGCACCGUAACGGCUCAGAACUCAGCACAACUUCCUUCUGGCUGCGGGUGACAUUGGGAGCCGCUGCGUUCACAGUCCUGGGCUUUACACUCUACAGAGCCUUCCUCAAACUGAAAUAGAGACGGACACGGUUCCUCCCUGACUGCAGGAAGACUGGCCAGUCCAACACACCACAGCCAGCCUUGUGGGUCGACAUAAACGCCGAAAACUAAACUACAGACUAGAGAACGGCUGGUCGUUUAUGUAACAAAAUACUGAUUUCGCCUACCUUCAGAAGCAAGCCCCAAAGCCUUAGAGUCUUUUAAACUAGACUAAUAAUAAUCAUCAAUUAAAAAAGCUUUUAAUGCUGCUUUCUACAGAAUGGCCCCAAAUAAUCUCUCUACAGAAUGAUUCGCCAAAAAGAAAAAAGAAGACAUAAUGCCACCCAUGGCUCCGUUAGAAAGAAGCAAAUACAGAACGCACGCACACUAAGUAUCUGGACAAUACUGUACCAAAACCAAAUUUGUCAUGCCCCGUGAUUUCAAAAUCUAUUGUACUUUUAAAAUUGUAUAGCCAACCAGAGCCAGCUCUGCCACAGGAACUCCAGUCUAGAGCAGUUUUGACCACAGGGAAAUUAAUUUUAAGUGGAAAGAUCGAAAAAUGAAAACCAAAACCAUUCACAUUCCGUAAUCUACCAAAUAAAAACUUUAAACUUACUAAAGACAUGGCCUGCGUAAAUUAAGUGAUUUAAUAAAGAACGAGUAAUCGAACAUUAAGGAACGGCAGAUACAUUGUUUCAGCUGUCUGCGGAAGCAUGUGAUUAAUCUCACCCCCUUACCUUACCGUCAUGCAUGACUCACUACCUACAAGACAGCUAACCCCAUACAGUAACAGUAACACAGAUUGCACAUGCGUACAGUGCACAGUUCAUCUGUCACUUCACACAAGGUGCUGAAACGGAUACAGCAGUGGAAACGAGGAAUACUUACCCCCGGUGUGGGGGUGUCAAAGGCUUGUUUGAACGCACGGUGGGGACUUCACACUCUUCCAGUGGUCCAGUAAAGGAAUGUGUACAGGACAGAACACUGCCUGGGAUGUGAAAUACCGAUUCAUCUUCUGUGUUUACUGUUCCAUGUUGAAGCCUUGAAUGCAAGUUCCAUCUCCAGCUGUAUGUCAGUGUCUGUCUAAAACGUUGUUCAGCUAAUUCAGAAAGGGUUAUUGAUGCUCAUUGUAGUUUCCCUCGCUCUCAUUUCUCCUGCACUCUACCUGAAUCGUGCACAGCAAAUAAUGUACAGUUGUGUGAAACGUUAAAAUCUCUGAAAAAAUGCACUGUGCCUGAUAUUGCACUGAUCCCUAACACUCUUUAGAAGAUGCACUCUGAAGAUGCACAAUCUCCCCCCCCAAUUAAUUUUUCCUUAGUUCAGAAGCAUUUGUAUUUAGUUCAGAUCAAAAUUUUAAUGAUUUUUUUUUUUUAUCCUAAAAGCUCAUUGAUAUUUUUCUUAGUUUUGUGAAGCGAAUUGAAGAAUGUAAUUUACAUUUAGUAACUUUUUUUUUUUUUAAACAUGCAACAUGCCCUGAAUGUACUGCAAAAUCAAAUCUCGUUGCAAGGGACAAAACUGAACCUUGAAGUGAAGCAGUAAUAACAGACUGCCCGGAUCUAAAGGGGUGUCGGAAGGUUCUCAUUGCUAAGAGAAGUCCAAUAAGACAGUGGAUCUUUUGCAGUAUUUCAGUGGGGGAUGUUUCAGACUUGAUCUUCAGACUGAUUGUUUUACAUGUAAUUAGGGAACCAGGGAAAAUGUAUAGUAGUACACUCUGAAGGUAUUCAAAGAAGCCACCACCUUCAAAUAUUUUUAAUCCAAAGUGGUAAAUGACUUCUGUUUUAUGAGAAGGGGGUUCCUUGAAGGCUGUUGUAUUUGGUUCUUUAAUUUACACUUUGAAAAUCUGGCCCCAAGUAUUUUGGAUAAACCCGACAUUUCUCUUGCUGUCGUGACGAGGCCCUGGCUUGGCACUAGUCUUUCUGUUUUCUGUCCUGGUCUGAUGUAACUUUAUUUCAGUCAGUUUCUGAAGCAUGAUCUGCUUGCUCUGUUUAAUUUCUUCUUGCUGUACACACUGAGGCAAAUCCAACCCCCAUGCUCUCUUCUCGUUUUUAUUUCAUAUCGAAUCCUGGUAAAGGUGGUGUUUCUACUCUUUGUUGUGUUGCUGUUGGAUUGUUUUUUGUGUGUGGAGAUAAAAGGAUGCAUACUUACUGUUUUCUGUAAUGAGAUCUAAAAGCCAUAAUAUUUUAACAGAACUUUUUUUUUUUUCUAAAUAAACAAACAUGUUUACAGAAACUUGCAUCAACCGAUAUAUUAAUAUAUAAACUGUACUAUGUAUGUGUAGGUAUACUAUAUAUUUCUAUAGCUAUAGUAAUUGUACAAAAAACCAAACAGAAAUGUGGUCUUAUGGUUUUGUUCUUUACUUUGAAAGUAGUUUUAUGUUAUUUAUUUUAAUAUAAAAAAGCAAGCUAUUUUUAAGCGUGUUUCAUGAAUGAGGCUUCUUGCUGUGUCAGCUGUAGUAAACGCAGACCGACAUUCCACAGCUAUCCACACACGUAUAAUAUUAGGAAUAACUAUUUAGAAUCCGGAGUGGGCGGGGUCCCGGUUGACCAAUAAGAGCGUGAGUUCCAUAUAUGGUGUAUUGUGUUGUGACAGGUUUUCGUGCUGGCAUGUGUUUGGAGGGAGCAAGGGCGUGGUUAAUUAGAUAGUCUGCACACAAGCAGCCUGAUAACUGCGUGCCUUUAAUCAGUCUGUGCACCUUCAAAAUACUUACACGGGCGCACAAACCUAUCUAACGUAUUGUGUGAGCAAAGUCGUAUCAAGGUGUUUGUGUGUAAAGUGUUUGUUCUAGCGAUAUUGUUUAUCCCCAUAUGCGUUUUAAUUGUAAUAGAUUUUAUUAUAUAAAGAAUAAUAAUAUACAAUUGUAAUAGCCUAUCCAACAUAGGCUUAGCAUUUUUAAGCGUUUUACAUACAGCAUUUUCACACGCACGCACAAACACUCUAAUCGCUCAUAUGUAGUUAACUACUGGAAACGGCGGGGAGUGCUGUCGAGCACGCUUCCCGGAUCCCGUAGUAGCCUGCUGAGCACGGUUCUGUUGGAGCUGUGGACAGACAGGGUAAUUGCAGCACACACGACAGCACGGCUAGCCAUGUCGUGUAGAUUAGAUUUCUGAUUACAGUCAUAAGACCUGCACAGUAGCUCUCUGUCGAGUAGUUUAUCAUAGGCUGGGCACGCCAUUCCUUCGGUCAUUUGACAGAACCCAGACAAACGUACUGAGCAAAUUACCAACUAGUAUUCAGUUCAGUCGACUGCAAAAACAACCCGUAACCCUUUUAACUGUCAAAAGUAUUCAAAAGGUAAUUGUAAAGUAGUUGUCGUGUAAUGUUAAAUAUCACCCCCACACAGAGACACAGACACCUUUUGAAACUCAUUGAAAAUUCAAAUCACACACAUCUUUUAUUCUGUUUAAAUUACAGUAUAAAGAACGUUUUAUUAUUGACAUUCGUUUCAUUUAUUAUUAUUUUUUUUAAUUUAUUACAAUAAAUGGCAUGGAUGAUUAAGUGUUCUUUACAAAAUUGAGUUAUAUUAAAAACAGACAAACAAAAUAUUCACCUGGAUCGGAAUAUAAUAUUAAGCAUUAGCUUAGCUGAGACUAUGAGUCAUGUAUUUAAAACACACACACACACACAUUGUAUAGCAAUACAAAGCGUAAACUACCGUACUUUCAAUAACAGUUUUCACGGGGUGAUUUUUUAAAGGGUUAGUAUUAAAGAACAGGCAGUGUGGUAAACGCACCCUCCCUCAAACUACUACUAGUGCAACGUGUAUUCAGUGUGAGAUUGUAGAGGGGAAAGUCAAGUCCUCAU